UCCGAUAGUCUUGAAUGCAGCAGGGAUGAUGCUGCCUUGGAUCCAUAUUACCUUGUUAGCAGGUUGCAAGCUAGCUGAACACAGGCGGUACAGUGCGGAUACAAGAGGAUGUCACACGCUCUUUAAUACGAACUGAGGACUUCGCGGUUGUUAUCGUCUUGACACAAGCAGGACUAAUAACUCCCAAACUUUAGCGAGAUGACGACGCGGUCGGAGCGAGAAAAAGCCCAGAAAUUGAAUGAGCAGCAUCAGGCCAUUCUGUCUAAACUGCUGAGGGAAGAACACAACAAGUUCUGUGCGGACUGUGAGGCAAAAGGUCCUCGAUGGGCGUCAUGGAACCUUGGGGUGUUCAUGUGCAUUCGCUGUGCCGGCAUCCACCGCAACCUGGGGGUCCACAUCUCCAGAGUAAAAUCUGUCAAUCUGGACCAGUGGACAACUGAGCAGAUCCAGAGUAUGGUGGACAUGGGCAACAGUAGGGCUAAACAGCUGUAUGAAGCCUACCUACCAGAGAACUUCAGACGGCCACAGACAGACCAAGCAGUGGAGGUCUUCAUCCGGGACAAGUACGAGAGGAAAAAGUACUGCAACAAGGAGGCCCUGGCUGCAGCUCCACCUAAGUCCUCUGAAGCUUCUCCUCCGUCCAUCUCACCGUCCUCCCAGGCUGACAGAAGCCAACCGGAGAAGGAGCGUGAAAAGAAUAAAGAGGAGAAGAAGAAGGAUGUUAAUAAAGUGGAGAAACGCAACAACUCAAAGCAGCCCGAGUGCAGAGCCAGUCCCAAGGGAAGCACAGAGCCGGCUGUGGACCUGCUGGGCUUGGAUGCACCAGAGGGUGAUGGGAAGGGCUCGAGUGGCGCUGCACCAAUCAGCGAUGAACUGGACAUCUUUGGACCAAUGGUCUCCAACCCUCUUCCCUCUUCUAACAGCACACAGCAGUCCGUGUCCAGUCCGGCACCUCCACAGGUGGACCCCUCCACCUCCUCUUCUUCCUCCUCCUCUACCUCCACUGCUACCACCACUAAGGCAGAGGAAAAGAAGCUUUUAUCUAAAGACUCCAUCCUGUCUCUGUACGCCAGCUGCUCAGUGGCCAGUCAGCCGCAGAGCCAGCAACAGCCUGCUCCAGGACAAGCAGGAAUGUACGUGGGCCAGCCUCAGAUGCCGUUCACUCCGCAGGGUUUCGCUCCGGGGAUGGGCGGAGCCGCCAUGGGCGUAGGAGGGGCCAUAAUGCCCAACGGCGGCUACAUGGGCAUACCGCAGCAGGGCGGGUUGCCAGCCAACCAGAACAUGUACAGCAUGCAGCCUGGACAGCAGCAAGGACAGUGGAACAUGAGCCAGAUGACCCAGCAGAUGUCAGGCAUGGAUGUGAGUGGUGAAGUGCCGGCGCCAGCCACUUUCAGCCAGGCAGGGGCCCCUGCGGCUGGCUGGCCCGCAGGUCCACCUGCAGCUACUGGCCAGACCCUCAGCACUCAGCUGUGGAAGUGAGGAAAAGGGGGUCCGGAGGAGGAGUGGGGGAAAACGGAGGGCAGUCAUAUGGCAACAAAAUAACCACAUUUGCUCCUGACCCACCCAUCUCCUCACAUCUCUGAGUAAAGAACGCGCAGAGGGAUUGACUGCCCUUAAUAAGCUCCCCCCAACAAAAAACCUACACACCUUCACCAUGAUUCCUUUAAAAAGCCAAGAUGACAUCUCACUGGAUUGAAACAGAGAAAAAAAGAAAGACUGGCAGCUGUUGUUUCCCAUCUUUAUUCAGCUUUCAUCUUCCUUUUUGAUUUCUUUUUGUUGUUGUCUGAAGAAAGAGACAAAUACAGCAGAAUCAACAGUAAAAGAAAGCUGCUGGACCAAUAACUUCUAGUGUGUAUUACAGUAACAUUAUAUCAUUACCAAAAUGGAUAGUUAGUGAAUAGACUUUCAAAACCUACAGUAGAAAUGGCUAUUUCAUGGUUGGCUUAUAUUACUAUAAGUGCGUUCCCUUUGUAAUCUGAAGUUGGAUUGCUGGAGGUCAAAGU